CUGCUCCUGCUCCGGCAUUGCAACCUGACUCCCCCGCCUCGAUCUCCACCGUCGCCGCGCGCGCGCGCCCGUGAGGCCGUGGGCGAGCCGCGGGGCCUGGCCCAUGACGAUGAAGGGGCUGCUCCGGUGCGUGUCGACGGGGGCGUGCAGGGUGGCGCCGGGUGCCGUGGCGGAGCCGUCGCCGGCGUGGCACGGGGCCGGGGGGAAGGUGCCGGCGGGGCACGUGCCGGUGGAGGUCGGCGCCGAGGGGGAGGAGACGGAGCGGUUCGUCGUCCCCGCCGAGCUGCUGGGGCGCCCGCCCAUCGCCGAGCUGCUCCGCCGCGCCGCGCAGGAGUACGGCUACGCGCGCCGGGGCCCCCUGCGCAUCCCCUGCCCCGCGGCCGCGUUCCGCCGCCUCCUCCGCGCGCUCGCCGGGGCCCGCGCCGGCGACGGUGGGCUCGCGGUCGCCUACCUCACCGUGGUCGUCUGAGAUCCUCCUCCUCCUCCUAGCGUAGCGGGGUAGCGGUUCGAUUUCCCUGAGGCGUGUGCUGUGCAGGCGUGUGCUGUCAGUGUUCUUGCUCCUCUAGAGGUUCCAUUUGCUUCUUCUCUUCUCUCCUUUUUUGUGUAAUAAUAUGUAUGUAAAUAUGUAAAUCCGUAUCGAAGAUAUGUUCAUUCGAUAUACUUGUAGCAUAAAUCUUCGCCCUUCACCUGCAAAAAAAAAAACUUCGCCC